CAACAGUCACUCUGAAGCCAGUUUUAAGAUCCUACAUCUGGGCAAGCAAGCUUCUCUGAAAGUUGCUGUCCAGUUUUCUCAGCAUGACAUAUUGAAGAGGCUGUCUAUUCUCCAUUCUACCUUCUUGCCUCCUUUGUCAAAGGCAACCACAGCCAUUCUUGGAUACUUGGAGGUGGGGCUGAGUGAUGUACAGCAGUGAUUUGACCCAGCACUUGAGGCAGACACGACAAGAGUCAUCAGUGUUAAUUUCGUUGUCCUCCAACCAGCAUUCUGAAAGUGCGUUGACACUGGUGGCCUUGCACUUUUUCAUCGGACUUCCAACUGAUAGGCUACCAGUGAUUAGAAGAACUGACUCCUUCUAAGACUCAUCAGAUCAUUUCCUGUAAAAACUGUAUCUUUCUAAUUGUGAAAAGAACCAGACCUCUUGGCAACCACCUUUAUCAGACCUGGGAGUUUGAAAGAAGCAGGUGCUGAACGUCAGUUUUUCCUUGAACAAGAAAAAUGGGGUGCAAUAGAAACUGUGGGCUCAUCACUGGUGCUGUCAUUGGUGCAGUCCUGGCUGUGUUUGGAGGGAUUCUAAUGCCAGUUGGAGACAUGCUCAUUGAGAAGACAAUUAAAAAGGAAGUUGUCCUUGAAGAUGGCACAAUUGCUUUUAAAAAUUGGGUUAAAACAGGCACAGAUGUUUACAGACAGUUUUGGAUAUUUGAUGUGCAGAAUCCAGACGAAGUGGCAGUUAAUAGCAGCAAAAUUAAAGUUAAGCAAAGAGGUCCUUACACGUACAGAGUUCGUUAUCUAGCCAAGGAAAAUGUAACCCAGGACCCUGAGACCCACACGGUCUCUUUCCUGCAGCCCAAUGGCGCCAUCUUUGAACCCUCGCUAUCAGUUGGAACUGAGGAUGACACGUUCACCAUUCUCAACCUGGCUGUAGCAGCUGUACCACAUCUCUAUCCAAAUUCAUUUAUGCAAGGAAUACUCAAUUCACUUAUCAAAAAGUCCAAAUCUUCCAUGUUUCAAAACAGAACUUUGAAAGAACUAUUGUGGGGCUAUAAGGAUCCAUUCUUGAAUUUGGUUCCAUAUCCUAUUACCACUACAGUUGGUGUGUUUUAUCCUUACAAUAAUACUGCGGAUGGAAUUUACAAAGUUUUCAAUGGAAAGGAUGACAUAAGCAAAGUCGCCAUAAUUGACACAUACAAAGGCAGAAAGAAUCUCUCCUAUUGGUCAAGUUAUUGUGACCUGAUUAAUGGUACAGAUGCAGCCUCAUUUCCACCUUUUGUUGAGAAGACAAGGACAUUGCAAUUUUUCUCCUCUGAUAUUUGCAGGUCUAUCUAUGCUGUGUUCGGAGCUGAAAUGAAUCUGAAAGGAAUCCCUGUGUACAGAUUCGUUCUUCCAUCCUUGGCUUUUGCAUCUCCACUUCAAAAUCCAGACAACCACUGUUUCUGCACAGAAAAAAUCAUCUCAAAAAAUUGUACCUUAUAUGGUGUGCUAGACAUUAGCAAAUGCAAAGAAGGAAAACCUGUGUACAUUUCACUUCCUCAUUUUCUACAUGGAAGUCCUGAACUUGCAGAACCUAUUGAAGGCUUAAGUCCAAAUGAAGAAGAACAUAGCACGUACUUAGAUGUUGAACCUAUAACUGGAUUUACUUUACGAUUUGCAAAACGGCUCCAGAUCAACAUACUGGUCAAGCCAGCAAGAAAAAUUGAUGCAUUAAAGAAUCUGAAGCACAAUUAUAUUGUCCCUAUUCUUUGGCUUAAUGAGACUGGUACCAUUGGUGAUGAGAAGGCGGAAAUGUUCAGAAAGCAAGUGACGGGGAAAAUAAACCUCCUUGGCCUGGUGGAAAUGGUCUUGCUCAGUGUUGGUGUGGUGAUGUUUAUUGCUUUUAUGAUUUCAUACUGUGCAUGCAGAUCAAAGAGAGUAAAUUAAGGAGCAAGAGAGUCUCUACAUUUAUGCACCAGCUAUGUCAGGAUCUUUCUUAUUAUCACCUUACAAAAGUCAAGAUUUUCAUGCUUUAUUUUUGCAAAACACACCUUAUCUUACAGUUCAAGAACUGGUGACACUCCCUCCCACCCGCCACCCAUAAGCAGCAGCACAUUUCAAAAGGAUUAUUAAGACAUCAUUAAAAUCCACACUUCGAACAGAAAACCAGCACUUAAAAAAAUUCAACAUAUUCACAAUGGAAUGGACUUCAGUUUCUACAGAUGUGGCUUGAGCAUGACCCACUUAUUUUCACUUGGUACUGGUUCACCGAUUUAUUCCCAAUGCUAAAUUCAGCAGCGAAAUGGUCAUUCUACACAAAUCCUGGACCCUGAACUAGCCUUCCUCAUCAAAAGGAAAACAUCACUAUCCUCAUCAGUGUCCCUGCAAAACACAGACCCAGUACUAUCAGUACAUUGCCUCUGAAGAGCAAAUAUUUUGAAAGAUAUUUGAAAACAUAAACUAAAUGACUGGCCUAUGAACCAUUUAUUAUACAUCUCUCAAGUUUUUUUCUCUAUGGAAUCCUUUGUACAGCAUCAGCAAGGCACUAUAACCAUGGUAUUUAUAACAAUAUGUGCUUAUAUUUUUGUCAAUGGUUAUGCAUUUGGACAUGUUUGAGAACUUUGCUAUCUUCCACGUUCUACAGCUCUUCUGGAAAUCUGAGCAAAUUUUCAUCUUUCUACUCAGUUGCAUACAACUUACGCUUGGCACCUUCAGAAUUCUGUGCUAGUACUGAGAGAUGUAAAUGAUAAUACAGAAAUUAUUGUGUGGAAGAUUACUAGCUGUAGAACAUGCAUUCAUAGUUAUUUGUUGUAAAAUUUCUUGCUUUCAUUGUCACCAGAAAGACUGGUUUUGAACAUUAAAAGACGUUCCUUAAAAUCUU